AUGGCGGCAGGGGUGCGCACAGAUGGUGACACUUAUGGAAGUAAUGGUUGUAGCAAAUGUAAGAACAACCCAACUGGGGCAGAACCAAGUCCUGAGGUCGCUUCACAAGACGACAAACGCCGCCAAAAAGCGCAAAUGACUCGAAGGGCGGUGCAAAAAAUGUCGGGGUCGAUAUGCUUGGCCGAAACUGGAUCUUCAAAUCAAUCCAUAGCUUACUUAACGGCAGAAGCAGCGCACAACUUGAUGACAUCAUCUCAGAUCUCCGCACUGACAAGUGUACCACCGGAUAUAGGAGAUUUACAUGCAUACAUUGUUGGCGAAAAAGCGAUCAAUACAACACCUGUGAGUGUCAGCUUCCAAAAGUCCGCAAAUGGAUUUGAAGUCGAGACAUCACCGAUAGCGGCAUCAGCAAAAUGCGGCACCAAGCCAACGAUAGCUCAUGUCAGAACGCAAUGCGAUACAUAG